CCAUAGCCAUAUCAAGAAUGAUACAGAGAAGAGAAAUGUUGAAAUUGAACUGAGUGAUCUGUUCAGCACUUUGGAAAAACAUCAGGCUGGUACACACAGUAUCACAAAGAAGCUGAAGAUCAACAACGUUUUUGAGCACCGUGAUGCCGCAGAGCACUAUGAGAAGAUCUUACGUAAUAUCAGUCCAGAGGCGUCCCAGAUCUUCCAUGGACAGCUGACCAACCGGAAUAAAUGUAAGCAGUGCAAAACUAUAACUAAGAGUAAAGCAGGAUUCUGGAGCCUUCCUCUUCCUCUAGUGAACGAUAACAAUGAAUACAGUGUGGAGAAGGGCAUUGAGGACUUCUUCCGUCCUUCAGAGAUCAGUGGAGAUGACCAGAUGUACUGUGAAAAGUGUGAUAAAAAAUGUGACGCUGUUCUGGAUUGCGAGGUGAAACAUUCUCCAGAAGUCUUAGUGCUCCUGUUAAAGCGAUUCGAACUGAAAUGUGUUGGUAAUGUUUGGGAAAAAGUAAAAAUCAACUGCCCAGUAAAGAUUCCGGACACACUGCAAAUUAAACAGAAUGAAAUAUACAAACUCUAUGCCUAUGUAGACCAUUUUGGAAGUCUGCGACAAGGACAUUACACUGCAACAAUCAAGUCACAGGAUGACGGCCAAUGGUACAUUUUUGAUGACUUGAGCAUUCAAGUGUUAAGCUAUAACCAUUUUCAAUUGGAUCCCACACAGACGUCCGAAAGUGUUUAUCUUCUGUUUUACCAGAAACAGGACGACACAAAUGUGGACAGACAUGACACACCAAACAUUUUACCAACAACAACACUGCUCAGUCAGACGGAAGAUCAUCACAGCUCCUCAGAGGAAAAAGCUGCUGAUAUUAAAUUUGUCACAAAGAACCAACCAGUCACCCCAGGAUCAAAAAGAAAUAUGGGUGGACCUAGAUAUGAUGAACAAAAUGAAUCAAUGAGAAUCAGAACAAAUGGAGAUACUGAAACGGGUCAAACCUUUGAUCAAGGAAAACAAUCAAAACAUAGAGAACCAAAUCUAGAAACAUUCUAUAGAGACUGCAGGGAUGUCAAUGAGAAGCCCAAAAUGCAUAAUAAACAUAAUGAAGGAGAAGAACAUGGAAUGGCUAAGAUGAAACAAGAAUAUUUCUCAAAUGAGCAAAGCCUACAGAAAGUCGGAAGGGACAAACAACAUGUCAGUCAGCACGACAUAACGUCAGCAUACUAUAGACAUCAAGAUGGUAUGAGUUAUAAAGAUAAAGACAGACAGACUAGACAAGUUAAUCACAAUAAUAGUUAUGCUCUAAGUCAAAAUGAGAAGCAAUGGAGGGAGCAGACAAAACAAACUGAAAAUUCCUCAGAUGUCUACAACAAAUCUAUCAACACAAACAACAAACAAAAUCGGUCAAAUUUUCAGGCAAGAUGUUAA